UGAGAGGACAUGUGGCGAUUCCGUUUCAUGCGGGCACAGCUGGGAACGAAUCUCGCUAACGUGCUGCAAACAGAUUGGAACGAAUAACACCGACAGUUUCGACUCCCUCCUCUCGUCCUUAUCCCCCUCCUCUCUCUCUCUCUCUCUCUCUCUCUCUAUCUCUCGUCUCCGCAGCCCCUAGCGUUUACUUUGGGGGUACGCUCAUCCUCCAUCCAUCCCACCAGAAGAUCGGUUGGUACGGGCUCCCCAAUCAUGCCGUCCGGCAACUCGCACUCUUCCUCCUCCCAACCCAAGCGGGAAUUGCCUGCUCUGCUCCACGCCGCCCGCCCGUUCCUGCGCGGCGAGCUCGAGCGCGUCGACCCUUCCCUCCCCUCCCUCCUCGCAGUCCUCCGCUCUGUCGGCGCCGGUGAGUGCUGGCACAAGCACAGCACCUUCCUUGCUCACCUUUCCGACGUCUACCGUGCUCUCAAGCUCUGGUGCGUCCCCGACGCCGUCGCCCGCUGCGGCCUCUUCCACUCCGCUUACUCCAAUUCCUACGUCAACCUCGCCAUCUUCGACCCCGGCACCGGCCGCGACCGCGUCCGCGACCUCGUCGGCAUCCCCGCCGAACGCCUCAUCCACCUCUUCUGCAUCGUUCCACGCCAGCCGCUCAUCCACGACGACCUCCUCUUCCACUACUCCGACGCCGAUCUCGCCAACCACCUCGCGCUCUCCGAGGACUCCCUCCGCCAGGCCAGGGAGGGCGGCGCCUCCGACCCCACCGAACCGUGGCGGGCAAAGCUCCGCACGCUUCUCCCGCCAGAAGGGAUAAAGGUCAGGCACAUAAGGACCGGGGAGGACGUGCCGCUGUCGCGAAGGCUGGUGGCCACUUUCCUCCUGAUGACCAUGGCCGACUUCGCCGACCAGCUAUUCGACUUCCAAGACAAGCUCUUCGACAACGACGACGGCCGGCUGACCUUCCACGGGAACAGCUGGUCGACGCUGUGGCCGGGCCAAGGGAAGCCAGGCCUGUGGCUCAACUCCAUCUCCAAGAUGGGCGCCUUGUAUUCGCUCAUAGCCAGAGAGGAGGAGAUCUACAUGGAGGAGAGGAAAAGAGCAGGGCAAGGCGGAGAAGCUCUGUGUAGCAGCGAAAGGGACGAAGAGAUUGAGCUGGUCAUCCCGCCGGUGUUCGACAACUGCACCAAGCUUCUGGCCGCAAAGGAGCAGAUUCUGGCAAGGGACUUGUACUGGGAAGCUGUGUGUUCUGGCGGAGAGGAGGAGCAGGGGUGGGAGAGGGUGAAGAAGCUACUAAUUGAAAGCUGUGAGAAGAACCCAUUCGUGGGGGAGCCUCACCUGGUGCUGGGGCAGGUGUAUCUGAACCUGGGCAAGUAUGAGGAGGCCGAGUGGGAGGCGGAGAAGGGGCUGAAGCUGAUACUGGAGUGGGGGAGCAGCUGGGACAAGAGGAUGUCUUGGGAGGGGUGGGUGGCUUGGGGGAGAGUGCUGCUGACAAAGGCAGAGGAGAGGUCAUGGCCCCAGACUUCAUGGGGGAUCCUCAAUCUGGGUCUCGUCAAAUGAAAC